UGUCAUAUCGUGAGAUAGUGUAAUUAUACAGUGCCAUAAUUGAGUGAUUUUCAAAUUAUCGGUGUCUUGGUUGACAGGAUGAGAAUGGACAAUAACGCAAUAUUGUGACAAUUUUAUCGAUUAGCGGCAAUUCAUGUAUCAGAUAAAGUUACCAGAUCGUUGAAAAUGAAAUUUUACUGAUGAUAUAAUUUCAGAAAAUUUUCACGUAGUAUAUUCUAACAUUUGUUUACUCUACGUGAUAGAACAUGUUAUCUACAAAGGAAAGAAGCACCAGAAGGACAGUGCAUGAUAUGGCAAGAGUGCCAGCUGCUUCUGAUACUAUCCUUGGAUAUACAGAUCGUUCUUUGCAUGAUGCAAAAAUAGUAUAUCGAUCUCAAGGGCGUGGAGGAGGAGCUUCAUCUUCCAUGCUUUUUCAAUAUGAAAAUAAGAAUGAAGACGAGAAUAGAUGGAAAGAUUCCAGAUCAACAUUACAUCGUCAUAGUGAUGGAACCCUUCUCAAUUCUACCUUUGGCAAACUCCCAAUAUGGAUGACUAAACCUGGACUUGAGAAUUACAGACGAUAUCGCAGUAUACCAAAUUUUCUGGCCGGUGAACCAUAUGGUUAUUCGAAUAAUGUAUAUGAAGCUGCGGCAAUGAUUUUCGAGCGACUUGCAAUAAAAAAAGAUGGCGGACAAAGUUUGAUACAAUAUGGGAAAACAAAAGAUGAAGACAGGGAACCAUUGAAGUUUGGAACACCUAAAAUAAAAAGACAAGCAUUUGAGCUUGCUUAUCAGGCAUUGAAAUACCAGGAACUUCUUGAAGAAAUAUUAAUCAACAGUUCAUUCUUGUUUGCUCAUCCAAUGGCCGAUGAUCAGAUGGCAUUAGUGGUUGUGAUGUUGUACGAUUAUCAGAACAGAAAAUGGGCUCCAAGAUGUCGAGUCAUUGGUGAAGAAGUUGAUCAAGAGAUUGCAGUUGUUGAAAAUGCUCUUUAUGAUCACAAGAUUAGACUUGCUGCAGCUCUUGCAAAAUGCAGGGUAAAAAAUCAGUCAUUGUCUAUUGACUAUGUUUUACCUGAAACAGUGAGACAACAAGAAAAAUGUGCUUCAACUCUUCCACAGAGUACUUGGGUCAACACAUUAAAAACUAGUGUUGAUGAUGUUGCAAAGAAACUUGUUGAACUUGGUUAUUGUGAAGUUUGUGGUAAACAAGAAAAUUUGCUGCCUCUUCGUGGAAAAUAUUUUCACCGAGACUCACAUUGUGAAGAUGUUGUUCUGUUUCCAUGGGACCAGAAAGAAGCUUUGAAAAGUCUGGAAAUUGUGUCAGAUGGAUUGUUAAUAUUACAGGAUAAAACCAGCAGUCUUGCAGUUCAAGCAAUCUCAUCUUUACUGACAGAAGAUGAUGAAUAUGACAUAUUACAUACAGAAGUUGCUUCGGGAUUAACUACAGCUCAUCUUGCAAUUAUUCUCCACAACAUGACGAAAAAUCAAGUCGAGACAAGGGGUAAGAUGUACAGUCACCCACUUCUCGCUCAUCGAGUUAUUGAUCACCCAGAAGAAGACAAUGAAGCCCCAGAACAGCAUCGACCCACUGUUUAUGCUUGUGGGGUACGAGACUCGGCACACAGAACACAAUUGGAAGAUAUGUUCAGCAGUCUGGGAAUAUCAAAUGUGAAGUUAUUGUCAGAAAAAUUUGAAGACAUACAUUCUGAUGGUGAUCCACGUUUCGAGCGACUAAAACUGAUUCUUUGUACACCACAAUGUACUCGUACCGCAGUCUCAAAUCCAAUCGAAUUUAUGUUGAUGGAAGGAGACAAAGAAACAUACAAUAUAUUGCGAGAUUUAUCUCAUGGUAGACAUAACAAUCAUGCCACAGAAGCAGGCAAAAGACAUCUUACUACAAUGAAGCAUGCGUUAAAAUUUCGCACCCUUCAAGCUUGCGUCUAUGUGGCAAGAAGUGUACAUGAAGAAGAAAAUGAACAUGUCGUUAAUGCUGCCAUCAAGUGGCAACGUCAACAUGCAUCUGGCAGCAUGCCAUUCCGUGUUUGUCCCCCAACUGUACCACUGAUGAAUUGCGAUAUGAGAAAUCAGAACAUGCAAUCUCUUUCAAAUAAAUUUUUAUACCUCAGACAAUCGCCAACAAUGAAUGGUUGUUUCUUGGCCGUCAUAUCACGAGAGAUGGGCACUGAUGAAUUAACUGUUAAGGAUAUUAUCAGAAGAGCAGCACUCAAAGGACUUGUCAAACCACUACCUAAUCUUGAUAUCAAGUCAACAGUCACUAAAUCAAUAUUGGAGCCGCAGCAUGUUGACUCAGAUGAUGAAAAGAAGAAGCCGAAGAAAAAGACCAGCAAUACCAGCCAGACAACACAUACUAGUUCUGGUAGGAAAUCAAGCAAACCUGCAUCUCCUUCCAAGUCAUCAAAAGCUCUUCAUAAGAUGUCUGAGACAAAAACAGUUGAUGCAAGUGACGUAAACAGACUGCUUGGACUCUAUAAUACCAAACAUAGCAACACAAAAAUUUCUGAAGAGAAGUCUGAGGAAGUUGCGCAUGUUAACCUUAACUUAGAUUUUGAUAAACCAAACACGAUGAGAUUCCAGAAAUCAACAUUACCUGAUCAUACGAAAAAACCAUCCAGGGAGAAGGUCCAUAGACAUUGAUGACCCUGGAAAGAAGGCAGUAUUGUUUUAUUGUUUAAAUUUAAUAUGUUUUAAUAUUGUGAUUUGUAAAUAUGAAAUUUGUUUUAUUAUAAUUUCCAUAAUUUUUUUUUAUCUGUUUAACAAUAUAAGUAUACCUGUCUAAAUUUUCUAAUAUGUAUGUACAUUUUACAAUGCGAAUAUCUUGCAUCUAAAAUUGACAAGACUCAAAUAUACUCAAUGCAAAAUUUUACUCUGCAUAGCACAUCACAUUUCUUCAUUUAAGGUUUCACCACUAGUAGUGAUUUUUUAUUGAUAGCAGUAGGUUUCAUAUCCAACUAUACUUCAUUUUGUGAUGAUCUUCCUCAUUUAUUUCAUCAUAAGUGUUAAUUUCUACUCCACUGUUUAGUUUUACUUUUAAAUUAUUACUACACCACACAACUUAGCUAUUAUAUAUCCAUGACAACAAGUGUUAGAGGAAUAAGCUUUUUCUCACAUUUCCAAAGCAAUGUAUUUCAAAAUUACAACAUGUUAUUAUAAGACUUUUUAUUUAACACAAUAUUCUUUACAGUACAACUUCAUUGUGACUACACAAUUUGCUCCAUACCUCCCUUGUUUAAUUUCAUGUGUUACUCUCCAACAUGAUGUAUUUUGUAAAUAAUAAACUUUUGAGACCAUAUUUUUUCUCCUCAAUUCAAUAAAGUUUGUUGUUAUUGCAUUGCACAGGCUAUAGGACAGCGGUUCCAAGUCGAGAGUCACAAUACUAGGCACCAAAUUGAUUUUAGUGCAAUUUCGUUUACAUAUUCCCCGUUCUCCCUAGUUCCAUCAGCUGAUAAGGGUAUUUCACAGGGUGUUUUCACUUUCUUAUGUGUGAAUUGUUUGAUCAUAAAAAUGAGAUUCGGCAUCUGCCAAUCAAAAUAAAACUACAAAACCUCUGAAAGGGGUCACCAUCCAAAGAAGGUUGAGAACCACUUUAUCAUAGCAUUAAUCA